AUGAGUGAAUCUGGGGACAGCUCGCGCAACAGCUUCAGCACUGGGGCCUCCAGUGCAGCCAGCGACACUUCAGACGCCCAGGCGCUAAAUGCGCUCCAAGACCGUGCGGCUGAUGGCGACGGCGAGAACAUCAAUGACUCCAUGUCGAGCAAUCGUGGGGUGUCCGAGGCAAUCUUUGCAACGCUGGUACUGCUGGGCAAGAACCGCAGCCAGCAGGACCUGCGAUGGGUGGUGCUGCGGAUUGUGCUGGAGUUCCUGCAAAUGUUCCGCGUCGUGUUCAACACGCAGUUCUUGUGGCUGGUCCACACGGAUCUGGCGGCGUUCAAGGCCAUACGCUGGGUGCUGUUCCGAUUUCUGGUGCUGCCAAAGGGAUACAACACCUACGUGAGAUACGGGAUCGUGGUGUUCUACAUCAUCGCAGCCACCAUUUUCCUGUCCCUCGCAUUGACAGCAUAUGUCGCAGUGGUGCUUAAAAAAGAUGACAGCACCACAGGAGGCUGGUUGGCCAGGCUGGUGCAGUUCAUGCAGCUGCUGGCAAUGAUCAUGUACAGCGUGGCAUGGGUCAGCAUCCUGGAUUUCCUGGUUUUCAUGUUCGCAUGCCACUGGGACGAGGUGUCUGUGAUCUCUAGCGUGACACACAUGGUCUUUGAGAAGUCCUGCGUGGCCAUGCCCCACCUGGCGCACAUGGCCUUUGCCGUGGUGGUCACCCUGACCUUCAUGGCCACAUGCCUCGGGCUGGUGGGCUGGCUGGGCGCGGGGGAUGGGUAA